CUGAGAGCUUUCUAGUAUAAAUUCAGUCUUUGGUUAUUGGUACUGAACAACUCAGGGCCUACAGGUAAAGAGGUUGUUAAAGUAGUACUGUGACAUUUUGAGAAAUAGACCCAGAGUCAGAUGAGAGCGCUGGUAAAGGUACAUUUACAUUUUUACAUUUAGGGCAUUUACCACAUGCUUUUGUCUGAAGCGACUUACAAUAAGUACAUUUGUCACAAGAAAGAAACCACAACAUAUCACCAUUGAUGAAGUAAAGGAAGACUUGACACCAGACAAAGACUUUAAACCAUCACUGGCUUCCCACCAAGUACACAGCUGACUAAUCGGAUUGCAGGACCAAGCCAGAGGUACAGCUACCAAGAUUUUGAACCCCGAAACACAGUAUUUUUGUAAGGCUUAUUCAGACACAGGAUCCUAAUUAAACACGGUCUAUGGCAUGAACAUCAUAACUGCAUUGGUCAGAAACUAUCAAUGAGACUUGCAAAAACAAGUCUUAGAGGGAGGAGAUAAUGACUGAAUUUUUAGUUUUGGGUAAACCUGUUAUCUUUAAGAACAAAGGAUGAAAUACUGAUUACACAGACCAACUAUUAUUUCACUGAAUAUAUAAGUGGGCAUGUGAGAGUUAGAGUGUUAGAGUCACACUGACACAUUGACCCCAGUAAUUGCAGAAAAAUGACAGCAGGUCCUGAAAGCUCACAGAUGUUUUUGUAUGUGGUGUUCAAGUACGAAGUACUGUAUAAAGCAACAAUGUUCUCUGUGAAUUGACUGUGAGCAUUUUUUUUUGCAGGAGAUGUUUGACUUUGGCAACUGCAGUGAUAAGUACCAGGCAGAUGGUCAGGGAGGAUGGCUGGGUGCAGAAAGUAUGAGUCAUUACUUGGAUGAUCAGCUCAGUAAUCACAAUGAAGACCAAGGCGAUCCUGUUUCUGACUUUAUUCGGGGUAAUGCUCCAGAUUUCUGGGCCUUCAGCUGAUAAUCAAAGCAACAACAGCUACAGUUCUCCCUGCUCUCCUGUCCAGAGCACCAUGACAACAUCUAAUGAUGCUCCGUACAAUAAACCAAGUCAUACAUCUGACCAGACGCAGACAGUAAUGAUGACAGAGGAAAAGAGUGACAUUGAACAGAAGGACAUCGCUCCUGCAACAUCAUCUCCAUCUUAUUUAUCCAUAGGGACAAGUGUCCAAGCAACCGAGCAACCUGACCAGUCUUCCAAUAGCACAACCCCUCUCUCCCCCAAAACUGCUACCCAUAAGUUCAAGCUUUUUAUGGUUCUGUUGGCCAUCCCGGUGCUGAUGCUUUUUGUGGCAUGCCUUCAUGCUAUGAGGGAGUCAGCUCAAGACAGCUCUGUCCCCAGGCUCCUGCUGGGUGUGAGGCAGAGGCUGAGGGCUGUGAUUGGUAAUGUGGAGGACCGGAUGGGACAUCGGCUCUGGCCAGGGGGGAAGAGAGAAAAUGACGAUGAUGAAGAGGAGGCAGAAAGAAGACAGGGGGAUGAAGGAGGACAGAGGGUAGAUGACAGGGGGAAAGAAGGUAGUUGUGGAGCAAGGAAUGAAAAAAAAGGGGAACACAAAGAGGAUGACAGCGAUGAUUCACAUGACUGCUCUAGUAUCGAGGAGGAUAACCUCAGGGAGACUGUGCUGAGCAGACAGGAGGAAGAGGAGAGGAAGCAAAAUGGGAAUGAGGACGAGGAGGACACAAGUAGUGAGAGUGAGGGACGACCAAGUAAUGUGGAAGGAGAGAGCAGGGGAAAUGAAAAGAGGGACUCAGAAGAUAUAGCACUGGUCAACUCUGUGCAGGAGGAUGAGGAAGAGGCUGAUUUAUGUGACAUCACUGUCCUGUAGUGAUGAAAAACAAUUUGAAGAAGGAGAAAAUGUGCAAGGACAUUGUGUUUUGUUUUAAAUAUGUGAUUUCACUUAAGGUUAAAGGGUUUGAAUGCCAGAUGGCCUUCAUUCAUGUCUCUGAACAGUAGACCAAACAUGCACAAGUGAUAAACCAUUCACAUAUGUUUGUGUAAAUCAGAAAAUGUUAACAACCAGUAUUCUUUUAAACCUGUAAUGUGUGGAGAAUACAGUUGGGGUUUGUUUGAUGAUCUUUAAAUAAACUGUUGAAACAUCU